UUCUAUAAAUUACAGCUCCGUAGAGUACCUUACAUCAGCAGUGAACUGAUGGGCUGCUGUCCACGUCCUGUGAUGUUGUACAUGCAGUAGUUUAUCACAAUUUCAUAUAAAAAAUAAAAUCAAUAAAAGUUUACAAAACGAUUAAGAUUAUACCCCCAAAUAAUCGCAGGCACAAGCGAGGUGUAGGUGGAAAACCAUUAAACUUAAAACAGUCAGUGUCUGCAUCACCACCGUGGUUUGCAAUCUCAUAAACUUUUCUCGCCCCAGCCGGGGAGACGAGUUUGCAAAGUUUGGAAACCAUGGGCGUGACGUUUCAGUCACUUCAAAAACACACAGACACUCACAAGCUGGGAGGGGAGGAACUUAGGAAAAAAAAGAAAAAAAAACUUCGGCUGAAAAUGGCUUCCUUUCCUUUGGAGCCUGCAGCCCAGAAAGAGAGUCCUUCAGCAGAGCCAGCCGCCGCGGACCCCGGGAGCCCCCCAGACCAGGCGGCGGGGUCGCUGGACGAGGCCUCGGAGCGGCUGCUGCAGACUCUGCAGAGCUCCUCCGGGCUGAGUUUCUCCGCGGAGCAGGUUUCGUGCGUCUGCGAGGCGCUGCUGCAAGCGGGCAAUGUGGAGCGCCUGGGCCGGUUCCUCUCCGCCGUCCCCCUCUCCGAGGAGCUGCUACGUGGCAACGAGACUCUGCUCAAGGCCCGGGCGCUGGUGGCUUUCCACCAGGAGGAGUUCAAGGAGCUGUACGCGCUCCUGGAAAGCCACCCCUUCCAGGCAGCCAACCACGCGUUUCUCCAGGACCUGUUCCUGCGAGCCCGCUACAAGGAGGCAGAAAGGUCCCGGGGCCGGUCCCUGGGCGCCGUGGACAAGUACCGUCUCCGCAAGAAGUACCCCCUGCCCAAAACCAUCUGGGACGGAGAGGAGACGGUGUACUGCUUCAAGGAGAGGUCCCGCAACGCGCUCAAGGAUUGCUACAAGAGCAACAGGUACCCGACCCCGGACGAGAAGCGCAACCUGGCCAGAGCCACCGGGCUGUCCCUCACGCAGGUCAGCAACUGGUUCAAGAACCGGCGGCAGCGGGACCGCACGCCCUCGGGGGCCAACAGCAAAAGUGAGUCAGACGGCAAUCCCAGCACAGAGGACGAGUCCAGCCGGGGGGCGGAGGAGCUCCCAACACUCCCAGUGCUCCAGACCAGCGCGGGCCACAUCCUGCUGAACGGGGGCCUCCUGGGGCCUGGGGCCCAGCCUCUGGUGCUGAACGGGGGUCCAGGGGGGGUGAUCAUCAACGGGCUGGCCCUGGCGGAGGGGCAGACCCUCACCCUCAGCCCCGUCGACAACCCCCUGCUGCUGAACAGAGCCAGGCCACCUGAGGCAGAGGCCCCACUGUCCACGCUCUUGCUUACUGCUGGGGAGGGCAAGGGCUUGCCAGCCACCUCCUUCAGGGAGCACAGCCCCGCAGGCCUCCAGAACGGGGGACACCCUGAGAUAGAAGUGCUACAGACGGGCAUGCAGAGCCCCACCCCCACAUCCUCCUCCUCCUCCUCCUCCCCCUCCCCUCCAGCAGGCAUUCCUGUCUCCCAGCUCCCGCCCUCAUCCUCCUCCUCCCCCUGCGCCCAGAUUGUCCCGGCAGCCCCAGUCAGCCCUGCGCUCCUCGGCCAGCCCCAGAGCUUCCAUCUCACCGCGGGGCUCCAGGGCGAGCAGGAAGCCCCCCACACUCCCACCCUGGGACCCCCCCAGACCCUCCACACCCUCCAGACACUGCCACAGACCCCCUCGCAGAUCGUCCCCGUCUCCCUUCCCGCUCUCUUCUCCUCCACCCCCUCUACCCCGCUCUCCUCCUCCUCCCCCUCCACUCCCCUCUUCCUGCCACAGGUGGUGCCCUGCUCCCAGACUGUCUCUCUCUCCUCCCCUGCUGGCACUCUGCAGAUCCUGGCCAGCGCUCCCAGCACUCCCAGUCCUCUCCAGUUACCCGGUGGAGGCUCUGCUGGGGUGCAGCUCAUUAACCCAGGCCUGUUCCAGCUGUCCUCUGGGGCUCAAGGUAACCUUCUUCUGAGCAACCCAGCAGGGGGCAGCACCUUCCUGACGGGCGUGUCCUUCCAGCCUGGCAAGCUCCUCCUGACUGCCACCUUCCCCGCUGGGAUGCUGCUCCCCUCCCCUGCCCUGCCCCUCAAACAGGAGCCAAGCUCCGGGGGUCUCCUCCUCACCCCGGUCCUCUCCCCGAGCCCAGCCCCCGUCUCUGGGGUGAUCUCUCUGACUCCCUCCUCCUCUUACUCCAGCCCCUCCUCUGUCUCAGCAUUUCAGACAGACGGCUCCGUCACCUUCAUAAACUCUGCUAGCCUGUACCCUGCCGGAGCUCCCUGCACACUCCCCCCUCCUAGCCCUGCCGUUGGACUGGGGGCACCUCUCACCCCAGUAAGCACCAUCAGCCACCACCACCACCUCCCAGUCUCGAACUCCCAGCUUCCCCAGGUAGUGUGGAGCCUACCCAGCUCUGCCCCCUCCUCCCAGCUGCCCCAGGUAGUGUGGAGCCUGCCCAACUCUUUCCCCUCCUCCCAGCCUGGUGCUGCUGCUGUGUUGGAGCUGAAGAAGGGGGAUCACUUGGGUGUGGGUGAGGGUGAGGAUGAGCAUGAGGGAGAGCCCAGGGGUCUGCUGAGCCUGGCUGGGGGGGAGGAAUUACUCCUGGGGGGUGCAGAGGAGCCUGAAGACAUGGAGUGCGAUGCCAAGGUGCUCACUCAGCUGCAGCCUGUCCCUGUCGACGUGGAUCUGGGGCUGUAGGAGGGAGACGUCUCCACCCAGACUGGACUUUAUCUGGGAUUAGCUUUUUGAAGUGCAGUUUCCAUUGAGAGGGCCCCAGGGGUGGGGACUGAACAGAUAUUCCUUCGUCGGGAGAUUGGCGAGUUCUUCACACUUAUCCAUGGGAUUGCAGUCCGGACUGACAUUGGAUAAACCUGGGGAUGUGAACUGAAGAAAAGUCUCUGUGGUGUUGGGAUUAUAAUCCAGAUUAAGCGCGAGUGUCUGAGAUGAACGAGAGCGGCCAGCAGUAGUGCUGCAUGAAUCGAUUAGCAGGAUGAAGCUCUCCACAGAAAUCAGAUGCUGACAAUUAGGUGAGAGUCACUGGUGUCAGAGGUUCAGAGUGAAGAAACAGCUGCUUGGGUUUGUGGUGAUCUCUGCUUUUCUUGCUCUGUGGAGAACAGAAAUCCACACAAACCCAAGCAGCUGUUUCUUCACUUGUUUCACUUGGGAUGGUAAAUUAGCCCUAUCAACACCAGCGACCCUCACCUGUGGAACUCGAUCUCAAUAAGUCGGUUCUUGUCGCACUAGCCACAACAAUGUAAAUGACUAUUAAAAAGGACCUGGCCAUGUGAACUGAAGAGGAUUCAUCAUGUACGGAUCUGAAUCCUGAUUUACAGCGUUUAAUCUGAGAUUAGCAAAACCUGUUUCGCUAGAGUCUCCAUCUCUGCAGAGCUGGGUAACAAUCCAAAGAGGACUCCCUGUCACAGGGGAUUUCAGCACGGAUUUACUGUGUGCAUCUCAAAUGAGUAAAACCUUUUCACUACAGUCCCUUCCAAAAGGAUGUGGAUAUAUAAACUGGACAGUGGGGAGCUGGGCAGAGUAGGAGCUGCCACUACACUAUAAAGGACAGAAUCCAUUGAAAAGGAUCACAGGAGUGUACAUGAAAGGUGUUUCUUUACACAAAUACGAUUAUGGUCGAGAUUAACGUCAGAUAAUCUGAGAUUAGCAAAACCUGUUUCACUGCAGUGUUCAUCUCUGCAGGUCUGGGUUGUAAUCGCGAUGGGGUUUCAAUCUGGAGUAACGGCGAGCAUACGAGAUUAGCAAAGCCUCUUUGAAAGGGACCUGUUAUAUAAAUUAAAAAUGAUUGAUCAUGUAUGGAUUUAGAGUGGGAAAUCUGAGAUUUAGCAAAACCUGUUUCACAGCAUCCUAUUGAAAAGGACCUGGAAGCAUAAACUGGAGAGGAGUUGUUGUCUGUCCUGAUGGGCAGUGAAUAUGAGCGAGAGCUGCCACCACUGACAAAGGUCCAUUUCAAUAGAUAUGAGCUAAAGAGGUCCUUUUACACAAUAGGAUUAGGGUCCAGAUUAACAUUGGAUAAUCUGGGAUUAGCACUACAGACCCCAAUGCAGGGUUUAGCACAGUCCAGAUUAACACUGGCUCCCCCACUACUACUCAGUGCCCUUGGUUUUCUUGCUUUAAAAAAAUGUUGAUGUCCCUAAACAGAUCCUCGACCCCUCUUCAGAUUCACGCAAGAGAUUUUAAUGAGCGAGCGAGACAGCUAGCAUACCGUCCCACAAGGUCAAUGGGAGAGACUGGGUUGGGACAUUUCCGAUUCGUUUUACUCGAGUGCGCAGCGGGACACGGUCUCCCUGCAUUGUUUGAUUGAAUCUCCCAUUUUAAAGGAAUCUCUGUUUGCUUGUCUUCGUGUCUGUCCGUGUGUGUGUGGCUGCUGUCAGUUGCAAAGUGUUUCUCGACUAACCUUGGAAAAGUCUGUUAUGCAAAUUACAUUAGAGAAGCAGACCGUGUGUGUGUGUGUGUGUGUGUGUCUGUGCUCUGUGUGUUUUCACAGUUCAGAUCAGUCACGGUGAGUCAAUUGCAACAAACUUGUAGAUGUAGUACGGAGGUCUUUUUUUUUUUUUUUUUUUUUUUUCCCCAGAAGAUUUCAAAUAAUUUCAUGUCAUGUUUGGUUAGGGUUAUGGCUCGGUUUCAUAAAGCUGGCAAUAUAUUUUGGGAUUUUUCAUAUUUGUUCCAGUUUGUACAAUACCACACGUCUUUAGUUUACAGACAUUGCUGGACUAACUUAGGAACAUGUUUUAAGGCCUGGUCACACAGGCGAUUUUUGUCGCCGGCAGCAACAGGAACACAUUCAUUGCCUGCAUGUCGCCUUGCAGUUUGCGGUGGGCACACGAGAGACAGGCCUGCCGUCGACAAGCUGGCAACACACAGGCAAUGCACACUUUUGUCACAAGACAUAACCAUGCUGUGAAGGAAGACUACAAUAUAAAAAUUUAACAAUCCAGUAGUUCCUUCUUAAAUAAAAAUGUGUACAUUAGUAGAAUUAUUUAGUUAGUAGGUGUACAUGGUUAAGAUGCCAAACAUUAUCAAUAUAUCGGUAUCGUUAUCCUAAACAGGGCUUUUGAGAGCAAGAAGGCAGACCUGAGAUCUUUUAAUUUUCUCCUCUUUGUUUGCAGUUAAAAUGAAAGAUGAUAUGAUUGGGGGUGAAUGUAGAAUAACAGCCAUACUGCAUACACUGCAAAUGAAUUAAAAAACAUUAAAAAAAAAAUAUGGUACACGUUUUAUUAUAAGAAUUUUAUUUUAAAUAUGCUAUUGUAAUCGUGGACAUUAACAUCCGCUUAUCAGGGCUUCCAAGUGGCGCAUCCAGUGAGAAGAUCUCACGUAGAGUGCAGGAGGCGCCCUAUAGUCUGGACUUCGCUGGCUUGAGUCCCGGCUAUUCCUUUGCUGACCCAGGAGGGCAGUAGCGGUUACUGUAGGUUCGUUGCAAUUGAGAACAUUGUUAGUAUGCAGCUAGGGACUCUUGAGCUGCUUGGUUCGUUGCAAUUGGUAUUAACUUGCAUACUGGUUUAGUAUCGUCCUCCGUACUAACCACGGGAUCAUCCCCAGAGAGUACGCUGCUUUUGGUUUGUUGCAAUUGACCCAGUGAUUUUAAUCCUGUACUCCUUUAUCCUGCCUGUCUCUCUCAGCUGUCCACACGUUUACUACAGUAGGACUAGAGAGGAGCAAACACUACCUGUAAAUAUCAACAGCACUAUGCAAAGACACUUCCAACUAGCUUUCUAGGGAUUUUUGUAUUAUUAUUAUUAUUAUUAUUAUUAUUAUUAUUGUUGUUGUUGUUGUUAUUUUGUUUCUGUUUGUAAGUGAAACUGAAUAUUCCUGUAAAUAUCAGUGCCUUCCACACCCCCUGUCCCAUGAAGUGGGGUGCACUGUUUACUCUGUUACAUUUCUAUAAGGAAAGGGGGAUGAUGGGGAGGAGGUGGGUGGUCAAACGAAUUUUAAAGAGGCUGGACCAAGGCUUUCAAAUCCACAAAUCCCUGGAAUUCGAGAUCAAUAAUAUAUAAAAAAAAAAACAAAAGCAAGCUGUAUUCCAGACGGUAAGAGGCGGGGCGGAUGUGAAAGCCAGCGCUCCUGUAAGGGGCAGACAGACGGCAGCGUUUCUAUCUUGCUGAGAGGAAUGAGAGAGUCAUGGUACUGCAACCCGCCCCCAUAGCGGGUUCAAGUUCAUCUCGUGUGUGCUCUCCUAAGGAAAAUGACUAACCACACCCGCCCCCCAAAAUAAUGAAUUAAAACUCCCAAGCUCAGAUAUAAAAUGUACUGCUCACAAAAAGUUAAGCAUAUUCUUAGAAUGUCAAAUAUUCAAAUGAAACAGUUUGUGUAUUGCCCCUGCUUCAAGACCAUUGCCCUGCUGAGCAUAAUGGGCAAACCUGCCCCACUGUUAAAUGAGGGCACCUGAGACAGAACUGUGCAAGGUACCUGCUGAUCAUUGACUGUGUGAAUUCAGUGCUGUAGCUGGAGUCACGCCUGUCUGAUGCCAUGAAUCGAAAGCAUUGGACAUUGCGCAGUCUGUGGUCAGCAGUUUGUGGAUGAAGUACAGACAGACUGGUCGGACAGCCAAUGGACCUCAAAAUGGGCGGCCAAAAGUGACCAAUGGCAGACAAGACUCAUCAAUUCAGGGCUGAGACAUCACAUAGAAAUGGCUCAACUCUGUCAAGGUGUUGGGUCCAGUGUAUUGACCCAGACAGUCAGAAAUCACCGACACAGCCGUGACAUGUUGCUGCUAGAGGGGGUCCAGCCGCUAUUAACUGUUGUGUGAAAAUAAUGAUGCAAUAUUCCUUUCAGCGAAUUCACUACCGAACAUUAGCGAUUACAUUGGGUUUUCACUUGUACAGUCUUUGAUUUUUGUGAGCAGUAUAUAUUGAAACAGGAAGCCAGUGUCUCGAAUGCAGCAUUGUUUGACUGUCGUAGCUAACACUCUGUCUCAGAUCUGUACCUAGAAACUCCGGGUUUCAGUUCACAGCUCACACUGGUGUCCUGAACGAGUGGUUUGCAUUUUGUCCUUUUGAGAAAUUUGCAGAUGAUGGGGGCUAAGAGGCACAGACAAGCUUCUCACUUCUUUUAUAGAGAGAGGGGCCCAGGCCUGACCCACAGACAGGGUGUGUUCAGGUGUAUGAUUCCUCGCUUUCUCUCUGCAUAUGGAGCUCUGCCUGCCUGCCUGUUUUUAUACUUUGCUGUGCUCCCCAACCCCCCCCCCCCCCAGCACCGUGACACCAAAGAUCAGCCAGCCGCUUCCGUUUCUGAACAAAGGGAAAGAGGUACAAUGUGAAUAUUUUUAUGUCUUCCAGUUUUGUACUCAAAGGUUAUUUUAUUUUUCUAAACCAUUUACUGUAUUAUUAUAAUAAAAAGUAAA